CCCAUCUCCUCAUAGAACCAACAUACAUCACAAGUCCCUCAGCUCACUGGCAUCGUACCGUCAUUUCGCUUCUUCAUUCUAGUGUUUUAUAGAUUUGAGAACUGCACAUACCUACAUACUUUUAUCCCCAAGAGAAACGAGAUUCCAAACCGGGCUGCGCCUCUUUGGGAUUUCUUUUAUUGACUAACGACACUCCUUUGUUUAUUCUUAACAACUGGUGACUCGACCACCAGUUAGUUGUACGCCCCGCUGCCGCAAGCUAACCGCCCCCCAAUAGACCCAACAAAGUACCUACCUACAACGACCCGGCGGCCUCGGCUGUUUGUUCAGAAGCACUUGCCUACUUUUUCCCGUCAAUACCUUUUUUAGCCUGCUAUCUAUUCUUUUUUUAUUUUUUGUUUUACUGGCGAGCACGACUGAAGCUGCAGUCCGAUAACCUUUUCCUGUAGUUGGUUAUUUUUUAUUUAUUUCCAUUUUCCAACGAUCGUCUUGUCGGAUUCGCCAACGUUGGUGCAUCUGCCAAAGUCUACUUUGAGUUGUACCUGGCUGCGUUUGCAGCUUGUGUGCUGACUCGACUCCUUACAACUAUCAACUCGCAGCAACGCGAAGCGCGUACGAACGCACGCACUUACCGCUCAAAGAAAGAUAGACCUAAACAGGACACUUGUUUGUACGAGCUCGAUUGCUUGGAGCUAAAAGGCAGGACGCCCAACUGCCUGUAAUCGAUAGAACGGGUCCUCAUGCCUAAGAAGGCAAAGAAGGAUGCCAAAGAGCAAGGAUCUAUCGCCGCUACGGUGAAAAAGCAUGCUGCUGGACAGUUCACGAACAGCGUCAGCAGUAUGCCACCCAGAGUCUUCCACUCCGACGAUUCUUCUUCGUCGGUCCAGUCCCCCGAGAUCAAGCCUGUUGCGACCCCGUCGUCAAACGGCAACCCCACCUCGCCUAUGCUGGAUGCCAUUUCAAGUGCCUCUUUUGCUACAAGCAACACGCCGAGCAUGGCCAACGAAUGGACCAACUCCAGGGGCGUGGCCGGCAUAGCUGGCUCGCCAGGAAACCUCGUCAGUCUGAUGGGCGAGUCGCCGCCGACCCAACCCUCAUCAUAUGAAGAUACGAAGGGGUGGGCAUCUCCCCGCUCGUAUUCGACGAACAACCAUGCAUCGGCAUCGCCCCCAUCUUCGCUGCCAACCAACCGACGCCCCAUAAGCUAUCAUUUGGAUGCUCAGUAUCAGUCGUCAGAAGCUCCAUCAUACCUGACGCCUGCUGGAAUCCGCCGAAGCUCACUGCACUCGCAUCAUGCUCUGUCGAGAACCAGCCCUAAUCCGCCGCUACCUCACGAACCUCAGCCUCAUUAUUUCGGCGUUACAGACCUCGGCUUUGACAACCAGCCGUUGCAGCAGGGCAUGAAGGCUGGCGACAGGGGCUAUCACUUCGCCUUUGACAAGAUUCCUACCUUAGCUGCAGAUGGCGCUCCGGGAAGAAAUCAUGUUGUGACAGCUGGUUAUGAAGGCGGUUUGGAAGUUUAUUCGGUCGGGAAGAGGGGACUAGAGAGCAUCGCCAGUCUCAAAGGGUUGCGUGGAGGUGUUUUACAGGCUGCAAUCCUGCCCUGGACUACUGGCGCCGAGGGCCAGGAUCUGUCCCCGUUGGUGGCUCUUGUGCUCCACGGGCCAGUACUGGCACCCAAAUCCCCUGACAUCUCGGCAGCUGUGACGGGCACCGGCCUGGGUGACGAAAGACAAGGUGGUACUGGCAAGUCCACGGCGCCCGUUGACUGCUAUCAAACAUCUGUCGAAGUCUACUCACUCAAGACCAACAGAAGAGUGGCUACCCUUCUUGAAGCCCCCAAGAUACCGAUCACUACAUCCGUCACGAGCGAGAUAUUCAGACCACCUCCACCCUCCGGAGCUUUUCAUAUCAAGGCUGAUGGUGGGAAUCUCGUGAUAUCUUCAGGAGUUACGGGAGAGUCCUGGGUGUAUCGUUACGACCCAGCCGACAACCAGGAGGUGGCUGCCAGGUUUUGGUGUGUUGGCAAGCUUUGGACUGCUCUACAGCAGCCGCCAAAGGGAGAUGGUAUUCAAGAUCCGGAACGUAGCCGCACAUUGGCACAAAAGUCAAAUGCCAGAUCUCCGAUCAUCGCCAUCAAUGGACGAUGGAUCGCUUACUGCCCUGCGGCGCCUUCAUCUCAGAUGUCUCUAAGGGCUACCGUACCGGUGGCCAUCCAAGGGAGGGCUCCGGGCCUGGCGACCGUUACACCCCCUCAGCUGCCAUCUGUGACUUCGGAUGUGGACCUUCCCAUUUCAGACAGCUUGGUGAACAAGAUAAUGCGAGAUGCGACACAAGAAUUCAUUCAUGGUGCGAGAUGGGUUGGAAAGCAGGGCUGGCAGGCUUUCAACACCUACUGGAAGGGGCCUCAGAACUCCAUGCAAGGAUCACGAUCGCCGCCUCUCAGCCCGCAAUCAUGGUCAAGUGGCGCUUACAGCGGCCGACCCGAGCCUUCCCAGUUCCCACCAACGCAUGGUGCCGCGGCCCCAGCUGUUUCCAAGGAGCCCGGAAUCAUCUCGAUCGUAGAUGUCAGCGCCAUGGGAAGCUCAGCUGCCGUCCAUCCCCUUGCGACGUUCUCUCCACCCUUUGGCUGUAGUUUUCUCAACUUCCACCCAACUGGAUUGGCUCUGUUCACCGCCAGUAGCAAGGGCGAUGUUCAGACCGUCUGGGAUUUGAUGCGGGUUCAACACACGAAGAGCUCCCCGCUCCAGCCUUCUGUUGGCAAUGCCGCACAAAACGGGUCUAGAAUCAGGCAAAUCGCGCAGUUUUCACGUUUGACUGUGGCACGAAUUGUUGAUGUGUCUUGGGCGAAGCCGCACGGUCAACGUGCAGCCAUGAUUACGGAGCGGGGCACCGUGCACCUGUUGGACAUGCCUUCCACUGUUUUCACAUGGCCGCCUCCGAGAAGACGCAUACCACCCCAAGACUCCAGCGUGACAGCGGCAGAGGGCAAGCAUCCUGCGGUGUCGAUGGCCACCAGCGCCUUCAGCACCGCGCUGGGCGUUGCGAGGCCGUUGAUGACUCGGCCGCGACGGAGCAGUAGCACUACGCAACACUUGACGGGAUCGAGCCUUGUUGACCAUGCGAGCCACGGCGGCAAAGCCAUAGUAGCAACUAUCAGCAACUCGCUCGGAAAGACGGGAAGUGCUAUCAAUCAACUCCGGCACACUGGUGAGAAUCGUACGACGCUGCCGUUGUCUGCGGUACCACCAUCAGCCGGCUGUGCGGUCUGGAUCACUGGCCAAAGGAGCUCUUCGCUCUACGUUUUGGGUGACGGACUGGUUCGUUCUUUCCCCAACAGGACGCGCAAGACAGCCUCAGGAACAGACAGAAACCGGACGCCCUGCUUGACAAGGCACAGGGACUACAAGCUACCUGGCCUUCCUGGCGACAAGGUUUCCUUGGCUGUCAAGCGGUACAUUGAUCCUGAUGAGUACUUGGAUCUCGUGGACGAGUCCCUUGAGACUGGUAACCACACUCUGGUCCUUGACAAUAACCGCCGGGGAUCGUCUCAUAAGCACGGAACCGAGUCUUCUAUACCUGAAGCAGAAAUAGAGUCGAGCGCGCCCUAUCAGCCUUUCCACACAGAUCGCCGUGUGGCGCUGUACAGUAACGAACAGCCGUACCAGUCCCAUGGGGGUUUGUCUGUAGAUCAUUUAUCAAACCUUCUGAUAGAUACCAGCCUCGAAGAGAGGCCAACAGCCUCGACGACGAGACGGAAACAUGCAUCGCAUCAAAAAGCACACGACAACAUAACCAAGCUCCGCAUGCAGACGACCCCAUGGGUGUUUGGUCAAACACUACCUGCAACGCGACUUGACACUGGCCACAUUCAGGCAUCGGAUGAAGAGCUGUUGAAUCCAAGCUUGGAGGAAACCCGGGCGCUCCCAGCGUCGGCCAUAGAGAGAGUUCUGGAGCAUGGAGAAGAUGACAACCAGAUAGUUAUCACGACGCGUCGUAGGAGAGGUGGCGGACGAGCUAUGGAUGGUGAUGAUGAUGAUGAUGGGUUCUUCGAAGACGAUUGUGAGGUUCUUGAUUUUGCCGACCAGAGGGUUUAA